CUCAGUAUUCCAAACCUAAGGAUACUACUUUCAUAUCCAAAAUGAUUGCUAAGAUCACCAUCCUCUUCGCUGCCCUUGCAGCCACCCACGCAUCCGUCCUCCUCGGACAUGGUGCUUUGGUCAGCACUGGAGUCAGCAACAGAGCUCAAACUCAAGAUGCUUUCGGCAACUACGCCUUCAACUACGGAAUCAAGGACGGUCUCGGUGCCAGCAACUCCCGAGCUGAAGUAGGAGAUGCCCACGGAAACAAGAAGGGAACCUACACCAUUGCCGACAUCGACGGACGGGCUCGACGAGUCGAUUACGUCGCUGACGGACAUGGAUUCCGAGCCACCGUCAAGACCAACGAACCCGGAACCGCCGCCAGCGCCCCAGCAGCCGCCCUCAUCGCCAGUCCCUACGCCGGACCCGUCGCUCCAGUCGUCAACCACGUAGCCCCUGCAGCACCCGCUGUUGUUGGACAUGCUGCUGCCUAUGGUGCUCCCUUGGCUAUUGCUGCCCCAGUAGCUUACGGAGGUGUCAUCGGACACGGAGCAGCCCUUGGUCUCGGACACGGACUCGGUCUUGCUGCUCCACUUGGCCAUGGACACGGACUCGGUCUUGCUGCUCCACUGGGUCUUGGACACGGACUCGGUCUCGGAUAUGGCUUGGGACUUGGCAAGGCUCUCAUCCACUAAAGACAGUUCUUAACUAGAAUUUAAAUCUGCUGAAGUUCAAAGAGUUAUGGUUUUUUGAUACAGAAAUUGGCGAAUACUCCCGGACGAAGAGAUUAAUUUAUUUUCAUUUGUGAAAUAAAUGUUGGUAUUGUGAAAUAAAUAUUUUAU